AUGUCCGUGAUUCAGGCGGUGGCUGCAGCGAGACAAAGCACUGGCAAGCACCUAUAUCAAGUGGGCGUCCUUGGUUCCCCUCCUUCGAUCUGUUUCACCACCUUCGCUGGCAUCGUCCCAGCACUACGACACCUCAUUCACAACCGCUCUUCCCUUGUCGCCACUAUGCGUGCUGUUCCUUCGCAGUUCAACAACCCCGACGACUUUGCACCCGUAAAGCGUCGGCCCGGCCGAUUCUACUGCAAAAUAUGUACGCCUCCCGGCUACGCCGAAGGUCAGGCGAUGAACCUUUCCGCGGCACUUCACCACGAACAACACAACGAGAAGCAUCAGGCUAAGGUUCAGGAAAGGCUGCAUGACGAAUGGUUUUGGAAUCCUCCUGUGGACUGGGGCCCGACGCCCAUCCCCUUGGACUCCUCCCCCUGGGAGCAGGCCUACCCGUCCGAACGUGCCGAGGAGUUCAUCAACCACUGGCUCGACAACAUCGCCGCCGCUCAGCGUGACGAAGCGCCGGAGUCCAUGGAUACGUUUAUCGACAGGUACAAUCAGAAGUACCAGGACUGGAACGACAAUGGCAAGCCUAGCGAGGAGGAAUGCGGCGAGGAGAAGAAUUGCACGGAAGAUGUCGACCCGGAUCGGGAGGUAGACGACUACGCUUGUAAGGGUAUCCCUGGGAAGUGGUACGACGUCGAUUCGUUCCACCCCGAUGAAGAAGGAUUCGACGCAGUCGGCUGUUACUCAGCGGCGGUCAAGGCGGGCAUAUACAAGGAGAAGCAGUGGCGGGCCCCUGCUGUCGAUACCGAGCCAAAUAUGUGGCUUGUCGAGGUCGAUCUCCGCCAGGAGUACCUUGCCUGGGGUUUCUCACCUGAGCAGUACGCCGCAAGGCACAACUCCGCCGACACCCCACCCUCUCAGCCCGAGCGGCCUCGGACGGAGGCACAGGAUGCGCAACCUAGCGAGUGGAGGACUGUGAACCGCAGGAAGAGCCGUGGGCGCCGCCUCGACAAUGGCGGGGUACAGGGGCAGAAGUCCGGGAUCGUCGACGGGGGAAAGCGCCGCCCGCGCGGGCGACGAGCCCGCAGGGCGAAGAUCGUCUAA